AUGGCACCAGUUAACGCAACCGUCACACCUCCGCAUCACCGUCACAUCUGGAUCCUCACUGGUCCGGCAGGCUGUGGCAAGAGCACGGUUGGGAGAUAUCUUGCAGCACAAUUGGCUUUUCCGUACAUCGAGGGCGAUGAGUUACACACCGCAGAGAACAUCCAAAAGAUGGCCGCCGACAUACCCCUUACAGACGCGGAUCGAUGGGAUUGGCUCAUCUCCCUGAGGCAGCAGGCUGUGGCAGCUUUCGCUACCGGCACGACUGGAGUGAUCCUGACGUGCAGCGCACUGAAGCGGAAAUAUCGCGACGUCAUCCGAAUCGCAUCGUACAAUGACAGCCACGUCCUUGUUCACUUCGUAUAUCUACACGCAACAGAAGACCUCGCGGUGAGCCGGGUACGGGUUCGGCAAGGGCACUACAUGAAAGAGAGCAUGGUCAGGAGCCAGUUCCAGGCGCUAGAAGAGCCAACAGAAGAUGAGACGGAUGUCUUGGCCAUCGAUGUCGACCGCACCACGGCGGAGGUACAGACUUUGGCCAUUCAGCUGGUGAAGGAGAUCAUGGCUGAAGGCACCGCCGAGCAGUUAUCGUAA